CAGGUUGGCAAUACGGAACACUAUUCAGCAUCUGACUGGAUUGAGGACAUCAAAUUGGCUCAAGAGGCCCAGAUCGAUGCCUUCGCCCUCAACAUGGCCAGGGGUGAGCCAAUGAACGCCAAAGCCAUCGCAGAUGCCUUCUCAAACGCCGAGGCACUGGUUUUCAAGCUCUUUUUUUCUUUUUCUUUCGACCACUUUGGACGUGGCCCUUUCUCCAAAGACGAGGUAGUCUUAUGGAUCAACAAGUACGCCUCUAGCAGUGCUUACUUCCGGCACCAAGGAAAACCCUUUGUCUCGACGUUUGAAGGCCCUGAUCAGGCUGAAGAUUAGCACGACAUCAAAGCUGCAACUGGCUGUUUUUUUUUUUACCGGAUUGGUCUUCUUUAGGCGCUGGUCCUGCUGUACGAGCAGCUGGUGGUGUAGCAGAUGGCCUCUUCAGCUGGGCCAGCUGGCCAUGGGGAGCUCAGGACAUGGAGACCUAUGUCGAUGCCUCUUACACUGAGGCUCUAAAUAGCAAGCCAUAUGUGAUGCCUGUAUCCCCAUGAUUCUAUACCAAUCUUCCUGGAUAUAAUAAGAAUUGGAUGUGGCGUGGCGAUCGCCUAUGGUUUGACCUUUAGAUCCAGGUCAACACCCUUAUGCCUGAGUUCGCUGAGAUCAUUUCACGGAACGAUUACGGAGAAAGCCAUCACAUCGGACCAAUUCGGGACCACGCUCCAGUGCUGAUCAUGUUGAGGCAGGUAUGUCGGUAGACGUCUCUACCAUAAGCGCUGAGAUG